AUGCAGGAGCACUUCAUUGGAGCUGGGGACUCCCCUGCUUCAACCACACAGUGGGCAAUGGCAGAAAUCAUCAACAACCCUAAUAUUCUUAGGAGACUCAGAGAAGAAAUCGACUUUGUGGCGGGGAAGAAAAGGUUGGUUCAAGAAACUGAUCUACCAAAACUUCCUUACUUGCAAGCGGUCAUCGAUGAAACUCUAAGAAUGCACCCAGUGGGGGCCGUCUUUCCUAGGGAAUUUCAGCAAGAGUGUACUAUUGGAGGGUUCUACAUAGCUAAGGGAACAACACUUGUUUUUAAUUCUUAUGCUGUGAUGAGAGAUCCUGAUUAUUGGGAAGAUCCUCAUAAGUUCAAGCCAGAGAGGUUCCUAGCUUCUUCAGGAUCAUGGCAAGAGGAGGAGAGAAGAGAGCAGGCAAUGAAGCUCCUCCCUUUUGGUGGUGGAAGAAUAAGAUGUCCUGGAUCAAAUGUAGCUUAUAUCAUUGUAGGAACCGCAAUAGGAGUGAUGGUACAAUGCUUUGACUGGAAAAUCAAAAGAGGAUAUGAGGUUAACAUGGAAGAGACUUCUGGAUUACAAUUCUUCUUGGCUUUGGCUCAUCCUCUUGAGUGCAUUCCUCUUUCUCGAACCCUAAACCCUUUACCUACCAAUCCGCAGAUUACAGAUUUGUGA